AUGUCGAUGGUCCUAGCUUCCUUCGCCCGGCUGCGGCUAAGAGACCGAGAGAUGAUGCUUCGCAUCGCUGAGUCCACUCCGGCGAUCCUGGGGCAGUUUGCGGCAGUUGACAUCACGUACUUCCUUGCUGCCUUUGCUCGCCUGGACGUGGAGCACAGGCUCGUGUUCAACCUGUUUGCACGAGAGAUCGCAAGGAAGCUGCACGACUUUGAUGCUGCUCAACUUGGCGAGCUGGUCUACGCGUAUGCACGCCUCAAUUUUCAUCACGACCUGCUUCUGGAUGUGCUCAAGAAGAGGAUUACUGAAGUGGUUAAAGCCAUGAAGCCGUGGCACCUGGCCAUGGUUGUGAAUGGCUUCGCACGAUUGGGGGCGAGCGACGAGAGAUUUUUCACAAUUCUGGCGGCAGAGAUUGCAAGGAAGAUCUCCCAGUUUGAGAGCAAGCCGCUUGCGCUGGUGGCAAACGCGUAUGCAAAACUUGGCGUCCGAAAUCGUUUUCUUUUGGAGCUGUUGGGGGACGAGGCUUUUCGCCGGCGAGGCGAACUAGCUCCACAAGCUGUUGCUCUCGUCCUGAAUGCCCACGCGCGCCUUCAGAUGUCAAACCCAGUGCUCUUUGAUUACUUUGUGCAGGAAGUGCCUCGGCGCAUUCGAUCCCACAACCUGCAAUCGCUGUGCAUGGUCGCCAGCGCUUAUGCCAGACUACGUCGAGGAGAUGAGGCACUCUUCACGAAGAUUGGAGAUUAUGCUUGUGCAAAUGCCUCACAGUUGUACCCGCGGGCCCUUGCCACGCUUCUGUACUCGUUUUCAGAAGUUGAAAUACGGCAUGGCAUGCUUUUCUUCAAUGCCCCAGAACACGUCGAAAUGUAUUGCCAAAGCUAUACUACUGAUGAGCUGUGCAUGGUCGGCCGCGCAUACGGGCGCUUCCAGAUGGCUCACACACGUCUUUUCGAAAGCAUCAGCUCCGCUCUUCUUGGCCGCGUCCUCGCAAUCUCCGAGGACAGCGCUUUGCCAAACCGACUUGCAAGCGAUGGACCUAUGGAUCUCGAGGAUACAGACACACAAGCUCCUGUGCCCCGAAUAAGUUCACUGGUUGGGCUUCUCGAGGCCUAUGCCCGCCUGACCAUCUACCAUGCCCAGACCACCGAACUGCUUUGUGAUGCGGUGGUGUGUCGCGAGAAGGACUUGGCUCCACCAUUGAUCAUCCAGGCAGCCCAUGCUUGCGCAGCGCUGGCAUAUGCACAUCCUGGCAUCAUCAGGCUGGCCACAGCUUGCAUGGCAGAGUCCGGCGAGCAGCUCUCCGAAGAGGACUUCGAUCUCCUUGGGCGCGCGCUGGAAGAUCUUGGCGUGCUGGGUGAGGACAGCCGCCUCAUGCUGGCCAACUCCUCAGCUAGCUGCGUCAACCAUUCCGAAGUGCUGAACUGCGCAAGUUUCUCUGACAGUUUCAGCGUGCAGCCAAGGAAAACAGCCAACCGGAUAUCACUGCCGCAACUGUCGCAAAACGGUCAGACAGUUCUCGUGGGUCACGGCAGCUAA